AUGAAAUGGCGAUUGGUGCAGUAUCUCGCAGCCGUUCUGCGGGCAGCUCUGCUCGUUACUGUUGUCGACGGCCGCGCUGUCCUCAACGAUGACCACGUCGUACAUACAGCACUUGGCACUAUUCGUGGUGUGCCACAGCAAUUUCAAGGCGAACGUGUCUCCGCAUUCCUCGGAGUCCCCUAUGCUCGAUCACCAGUCGGUAUACGACGAUUUGCUAAGCCGGAAAUGGUCCAACCAUGGACGGGUGAACUGGAAGCGCGAACGCCAGCUAAGGCUUGCUACCUCACCAUUGACACGGCAUUCCCACAAUUUCCUGGAGCUGAAAUGUGGAACCCACCAAAUGGCAUUAGUGAGGAUUGCCUCAAUAUGAAUAUUUGGGUGCCAGCAAAUCACGAUGGUUCCGUUAUGGUAUGGAUCUAUGGUGGUGGCUUCUUCAGUGGAUCACCAUCAUUGGAUCUUUAUGACGGGACGACACUGGCAGCCAAGAAACAUACUAUUGUUGUAAACAUAAACUAUCGACUGGGCCCUUUUGGUUUUCUCUACCUCGGCGAUGAUUCUCCGGUACCAGGGAAUAUGGGUCUGUUAGAUCAACAAGCUGCCUUACAAUGGCUGCACAAUCAUAUAGGCUCCUUCGGUGGUGACCCAUCCAGAGUCACAUUGUUUGGGGAAUCAGCUGGAUCCGCGUCCGCUACAGCUCAUCUAGCAGCACCGGAUAGUUACCCGUUCUUUAACAAGAUUAUUGCCAGUAGCGGAACUAUAAUGAACUCUUGGGCCAGUAGGACACCGGACACAAUGUAUGAGUUAUCAAUUCGACUCGCUAAACGAUUGAACUGUACCACGAAAGGAAUUGAUGCGGCUACUAUCCAUACUUGUUUACGUGCACUUCCAGCAAGUGUGAUCCAAGUGGAAGCAGACUCGGUGUCAAACGAAAUCGGCCUUCCGAUGACGUUCGCGUUUGUUCCCGUCAGCGUUGAUCGGAACUUCUUUAAGGGUGAUGUAUUUGAACGGCUACGGAGUAGAAAUUUCAAAAAAGAUGUGGCCGUCAUAUUUGGGACCGUAAAAGACGAAGGGACCUAUUGGUUACCAUAUUACAUGAGUCGAUAUGGUUUCUGGUUCAAUCAUACAAUCUCUGCUGAGGAUCCACAGAAUAAAGCACUCAUAACAAGAUCACAGUAUCGACAGUCGAUGCAUGCGUUUAUGCCAUAUUUUGGAGGAUCACCGCUUGUUGAAAACGCACUUUUGCACGCUUAUCAGUUCGUGUCGGACCGACCAACAUUACCGGAACAGUUGCGUGACGGUAUUGGACGAUUUCUCGGUGAUUACUUCUUCACCUGCAGUCUCAUUGAUUUCGCUGAUAUCAUCGCGGACAACGUCUAUGGGCCUGUGUACAUGUAUUAUUUUACUAUGAGGUCAACGGCAAAUCCAUGGCCAAAAUGGAUGGGAGUGAUGCAUGGUUAUGAGAUAGAAUAUGCUUUUGGGCAACCUUUUGCAAGGCCGUCACUCUAUGACAAGAACUACCUCGAAACUGAACAACGCUUUUCCGAGUACAUCCUACAGUUGUGGACCGAAUUUGCCAACACAGGAGUUCCUGCCUCAUAUUGGCCGAAAUACAAUCGGAUAGAGCGGAAAGCGCUUGUACUUGGCGAUGAAUCCACAAGGGGUGAACACCGUAUCAUGGUCGAUGUUCAUGGAUCUUACUGUAGACUAAUCGAAGAGGGAAAAACGGUUGCUGGCCAAGUGUCGGAAUGCCGUGCUCGUCGGACAAAACCAGCGGCGGUAAUCGGAAACACCGGUGGUAGUGGCAACGAAAGCAAUUCGGCAGCAUCCAGAAUAUCGGUUAUAGCAAUCGUUGUCGCAAUUAUUCGACAUUCGUAG